CGUCCAAGGUGAUGCUCACAACUGCAGAUCAUCCCUCGUGAUCCUACCUGGUCCAGAUCCAGAACCUCCAGCAUGUCACUGAGCAGCAGAUCCUACGGCCAGAAGACCAUGAGCGUCUACGGCGGAGCGGGCGGACGCGGCACCCGCAUCUCCUCCGGCCAGGGGUACUCUUCUUCUUCUUCCGGCUUCAACCUGGCCGACGGCCUGGACCUCCACGUGGGCGCCAACGAGAAGGCCACCAUGCAGAACCUCAACGACCGUCUGGCUUCUUACCUGGACAAGGUGCGCACCCUGGAGAAGGAGAACGAUCGCCUGGACAAGCAGAUCAGAGAGUGGUAUGAGAGCAAGACCAUCAUCAGCCACGACUACACCAAGUACUUUGCAAUCAUUGAGGACCUAAAAGAAAAGAUCCGUGUGGCUGCCAGGCUCAACGCCAAGACCAUUCUGGAUAUCGACAACGCCAAACUGGCCGCCGACGAUUUCAAAAUGAAGUAUGAGAACGAGCUGGCCAUGAAGAUGAUGGUGGAGGCGGACAUCGCUGGGCUGAAGAAGGUGCUGGAGGAGAUGAACAUGGUCAAAGUGGAUCUGGACUGUCAAAUCGACGGCCUGAAGGACGAGCUCAUCAUGGUGAAGAGGAACUACGAGGAGGAGCUGGCUCUGCUGAGGAGUCAGAUGGGCGGCCAGGUCCACGUGGCCGUGGACGCGUCUCCUUCUCCCGACCUGAACCAGGCCAUGACGGAAAUCCGAGACCACUACGAGGCUAUGAUCGCCAAGAACCGCAAGGAUCUCGAGACCUGGUACCAGAACAAGAUGGCAGCGCUGGAACAGGAAGUGAGGACGCACACGGAGUCUCUGGUAACGUCUCGCACGGAAAUCAAAGAUCUGAAGAGCACCCUCCAGAGGCUUCAGAUUGAACUGCAGUCCCACCUGAGUAUGAAAGCAUCAUUGGAGGGCACCCUGGCAGAGACACAAGCCCGCUACGCUACACAGCUCACAGGCCUGCAGAACAUGGUUGUCAACCUAGAGGCCCAGCUGUCUCAGAUCCACGCCAACAUCACCAACAACAAACACGAGUACGACAUGCUGCUGGACCUCAAGACCCGACUGGAGCUGGAGAUUGCAGAAUACAGACGGCUGCUGGACGGGGAGGACGAAAGCUCAAGGCAAGUGGUCACCAAAACCAUCACAGUGGUGGAGACCGUGGUGGACGGGAGAGUGAUCGACAGCAGCAAGACCGUGGACGUGGACGUGGACCAGAUUGAGUGACAUCUUGGGAGAUUGCCCUCAAAUCAAUAAAAGAUCAUGCAGUUGA